GGAAGUCAAGUAUUCGGUCUGGGUUAGUUUAGUGCAGUUAACACUUAGCUACCAUCAGAGUUGGUCUGAGUACAGAUAGGCUUCUUUAAGAUUUCCUUAGACUGAACUCUAAAACCAACCAACAUCAACACAAAAUGCUACAGAGGGCAGCCUCAAAUGUUUCAGACAAACCAAAGCUCAGUAAACCAAAGCGCUCCACUAGUUUUGGGCGAUUUGAGGGCAUCAGACAACCAUCACCAGCCAGACUAGAGGAAAAUGGAACAACAGUGGCAGAGGAGUCUGGCUGUGAGAGUUCUGAUCAGACCAAACAAGGCAGCCUGGGGAAGAAGAUGAAGGCCAUCUCUCUGACCAUGCGCAGGAAGAUGGGCAAGAAGCACUCCAAAAUCUUCUCUGAGGAAGCUGGUGAAGACACUGACAGAGACCUAGAAGAGGAAACAGAGUGCAGUCCUCCGUUAGAGAAAGGCUCUGAAAAGACCAACAACUCUCUGGAGAGCCUGUACAGUGGACAGAGCUCCUCCAGCUCAGGUAGUGUGGCCUGCCUCUCAAAUGGCUCCAGUACCAGAGACAAUCUGAGACUAGAAGAGAACGGCUCCUACAACGGACACUUCUGUGGUAGAGCACGGGUCCACACAGACUUUGUUCCCAGCCCAUAUGACACUGACUCCCUCAAACUCAAGGUUGGAGACAUUAUCAGCAUCAUCAGUAAACCUCCCAUGGGCAUAUGGACAGGGAUGCUGAACUACAAAGUGGGCAACUUCAAGUUCAUCUACGUUGACAUGCUCAUGGAGAAAGAGAGCGAGGAGGAGGCGCCAAAGAUCAGGCCUCAGAGGAUGAGCAAGAGACCACGACCAAAGACACUACUGGAACUACUGGAGCGUCUUCAUCUAGAGGAGUAUGCAUCUGCACUGCUUCUGAAUGGCUACCAGACAGUAGAGGACCUGAGGCACCUGCAGGAGAAACACCUUAUAGAGCUGAACGUGAUGAAUCCAGAACACAGAGGCAGGCUGCUGGCUGCUGCAGACUGCAGAUAUACAGAGAGCGAUGAUGUGAGGGAGAGUAAGGAGCCCUCUUCAUCACACAGCCUGAAGGAGGAGAAGAGUGACUGUCCCAGAGACUCAGGCUGCUUUAUUCCAUCAGAGUGCUCUGAAAACAGCAAAGAGGACACAGAGAGCCAACCAGUCACACACUGAUAGGCUGCACUAUCCUAAUUAACAUACCAGUAUAAAGUUUAUUAACUAUUACGUUUUGACAUGUAAAUUACGAUGGCUCACCAAGUUUACCUCGUCUGUAUUUGGUUUAACAAAGUGGGAUUUCAUUAAUUAAAUGUUACAUGUAGGCAAUUUUUCUUAAAACCAAUGAAUUUGUUCCUCCUUAUAAGCCUCCAUUUAUGAACCUUUUUCUUUAAUCUAUUAAUUCACAUAAAGCACAGGGAUCAAACUCAUUCCACGGAGAGCUGCGGGUUCUCGCUCCUCCCUUGCACUUGAUUGAUGAAUUAAGGUCACUAAUUAGUAAGGAACUCCCCUCAUCUAGGGCUUAAUUGAAAGAAAAAAAAACCUUGCAGACACUAGGCCCUCCAUGGAAUGAGUUUGACACACCUGACAAAAUAUUUAUGACAAAUGAUAUCUUGUUUUUUUGUGUAUUGUGCUGGAAACUAUGACGUGUGUUUGGUUGUACUAUCAUUGUGGGGACCAGAAGGAGGCUAUUUUAGAUUUAGGGGAUUAGGGUUAGGUGUUCGGGGUUAAGGUUAGGGGUUAGGAAAAAUAGGAUUUUAAUGGGAAUUAAUUGUUUGGUCCCAACAAGGACAGUAAAACAAGUGUGUGUGUGUGCGUGGGCAGGAGUUUGUACAUAUAUUUUUUAACGAUCCUGGUUUAACAAAAUGUACAGACUUGUAGAACUGAAUAUACUGUAAGUGCAAUAUGUCACACAUUAAUAAAGUAUUUAUGCAUCAAGA